AGUCUUUCCGUGCACCAAUCUUCCGCCUGAGUCACACAUGGGUGCAAGACAAAGAUGGUUUUAGCUUGGGUGCAUACAACAACUUUCUGGAAGUGUUUGGUGACAACAAGAAGUUGUGGUUCCUGCCGGUAGCCACCAGUCUAGGCGAUGGUGUAAGUUACCCGGUGCGCGGCCAACAGCCCCCUUCUACUACUACUGCCACCACUACCCCAGUGCAAUCCUAUGGCAGCACACAGACCAGGAAAACUGCAUUUAAAGACUUAAGACAAAGCCUGGGUGAUGGGGUCACCUACCCUCAGCGAUGUGUCGAUGAAGAUACAGAUGACCUCCUAGGCUCUCGCCAACGAUGGGCUGAAGAUGAGGAAGAAAAUGACCUUACCACAGGAUUCACAAAUAACCACACAUAUCCUCUGGAGGAGGUGGUGGUCCAGUCCAACCACACUAAUCCUGUGUAGACCAGCACCUCAAAGAAGACCUUCUGUCGGCCUAACUUCAUAGAGACAUUCCUACACCCCAAGACAGUGUGGACUAUAAUGUUGCUGGAGAAGGGGGAGUCUCACUUCUGCUGUUUAUAGAGUAUUAAGAUACCAUAGUGCAUACAGUUAUUACUUCCAUGACUUCAUAGUAAACAGAAGUGCUAUGCCUUAAAUUUUGAACGUUUUUCUCACUGUGUCUUUAAAGGUUAUAUGAUGGAAAUCUCCAAGCUUAAAAAUGGAAAUGUCUGCAAUGUCUGAAGUCGUAAUAAGUCCUUUAUGGGCCAGAAUAAGAUCCCAAUUUAUUGAAUUAACAUUAAAGUUAGAACAGAAACUAUGCAUUGAGCAUUGGUUAGACAGAAUUAUGAUGGAGUAUGCUACAUUUUAUAUUGAAGGAAACUUUAUGCAUAAGAAAUAAAAGGAUGUAACAAAUCCUUUUUCAUGAUUUUUUUUUCUUUUUUUAAAGAAAACCAGGAAUUUUCUUUUAUUCUUCUUUUCUUAAAUGAAACAGGAAUUCUCAUAAUUUUUUGUACUUAUUCAUAUUGGCAAGUAUAAUACAUAUCUGUACUCUCUGGUAGGGAUAAGAGACUUUAUUUUCUUGUCUUUUUUAUCAUUAUUAUCAAUGAAUUACUAUCAUUACUAUAGAUAGCUGAUUGCUUUUGUGAUCUUGUUGAAGUAAAGGAUUCUUGAAGAGGAUUCAUGAUAUGUUCAUAUCUGACUGUGGAUGUGUAUUAUUUAUUGAAAUUGUCUGAUAAUUAACAAUUGGUUUCAAGUAAUCAGCCAGAUUAUGAUUUUAAUGAGGUUUUUGUUUCUUUUGAACAAAUACAAUGCUACAGUUAAAAGUAGACUAGUCUUGUGAUUUGAUAUUAAACACAUGGUUUCAGUUUUUUUUUUUUCUUUCUUUCUUAUAUUUGCAUUUGUGUGUAUAGGAUGGGUGCUUUUGUGUGCAUGUUUUUGCAUCAGUAUGUGUGAGUGCUUGUACAUACACAUCAAUGUACACAUUUGUAAUAUUUACAUGUGUUCACAAUUACAAACAUGCAUAUAUAUAUAUUAAAAAAAAAACAAAAAAAAACAUGCUAAAACAUAUGCAAAUCUGUAUAUUGAAUUGUAUCAUGGAUGAGAUGUGUCAGUGUGAACAUUUUUAUAUUUUUACUGUAGUGCAGAUCAAGGCACUGCAGAUAAUUUUAGUAUGCAACACAGUGUGAGGAAUUUUUAUUCCACUAAGUCACUAAUUUUUGGUUUGUUUGAAUGUGUAAAUUUGAGAUCUGUAAUGUUUGCUUGUUCUUUUUUUUCUUUAGAUAAAUGAUUGCUCUGAAGACUAACUUCGUUUUGCAUUUCAGUUGUACUACUUUGACACUUUAACUACUUGAGCAAUCUUCUGUGAUGCCUUGCAACAUUUUAGAUAUUCAAGAUGAAAUGACUACAUUCUUGUAGCUGAAUCAGUUUUUUUCUGUAGUCAUACUUGUAAUAAUGACUCACCAAAGACUUCUCACAAGUCCUAGAAUAUAUGACAGGCCUCCAAAACAGAUAAAACCCUCAUAUCUUUUUUAUUAGUAGUAUUUUAAGGAAGUCAGAAGGUAUGGAAUUGCUCUUCUGUUUGGUUUGUUUCAUUGGAUUAUUAGUACUGCUAUUUUAUAGAAAAAAAUUAUCUUCACAUCUGCAGUUGCUUUUCAUUAUUGUGUUUCUUUAUUUUAUUAUACAAUUAUAAAAUUAUUUCCCCUUGUUUGUUUCACAAAUACCCUUCUGUGAGAUAGUUACUUCUGUUGUACAUUGUUUUGUCUGUUUAGGAAGCACAAAUUUAAUAAGCUAAGAAAACAUAAAAUGCAAAAAAAAAAGAUAAAAACUAAAUAAUGGUGAUGCACAUGGGCUUGCAGGCUGACAAAAGUCCUGUAAAAGCCAGUUGUCAACAGUACAUGGUAAUGGCAAAUAGCUUAAUAUUUUUAAAAAUUAUAGUGUGCAAGUGGCACCUCUGUGCUGUUUUGGUGACAAACUUGUGUUAACAUGAUGUCUUUAGAUACUAGUAUUUGUUGCAUUUAUGAUAUUUACAUCACUUUGAUAUGAAUAUAAUUUUAUCAUAUUUCUUAAGUCUCUGCUCACAUUGUACAGUUGACCUAUUCAAAGAAAAACAAUAUUUUGUCAGUGCUGUACUUACAAUGUUUUCAAAGAUUUUGUAUGUGUACUUGUAAAUUGUAUAAUACAUUGACAAAGAUACAAAAACUGCUUUACCAUUAUAUAACAUGUUGAGCCCAAAGUGCUUGUAAGAGGAUCAAGGAAUUACCUCUGAAAUGGCUUCAUUUCUCUAGGAAAGACAGUCAAUAUUGGCAGGAUGAUUAUUAGCCUUAAAACAUGUAUUUUAGGUCUCACUUUCGGGAUGUAAAUGUGAUGAAUUUUAUAUUAGAUUCACACACUGUUAUAAGGUUUCAAUUACAUAAUGUUCCAUUUCAGAUCAUCUUAGAAAAAUAGCUUUGAAGUGA